AUGGAAUGCAACGGAAAAACUACACAUGGCGAAAUAUUUGGACACGGAAUAAUUCUGCUACAACCUGCAUGCAAAUUUUAUACACCAAUGGUUACACUCAUCGCUGAAGACUCGAAAUCGAAAAACAUAAGUCAUCCCAUUGUUACUGUCGACGUGGAAAAUAACUGCAUCGAAGGAACUCCAGAUCUUUAUAAUCCAGGACUCGUACCUAUCCAAAUUAACGAUGUUUCCUUAGACACUCUCAAUACUAUUAAAGACGAGAUCAAACAUCACUCUAAAAUACUAAAUCAAGAUAAAUAUAUCAUUCAAGAACAUCCAUACAAUUUCACUCUAAUGAGUUUAUCACUUGGAUCAGUCCUUCUUAUUUAUACUCUUUACAAGUUUUGCAAUUGUUGCAACCUCUUCAAAUACUUUUACCCAAGAAUAAACUCUCACGAACAAGGAUGCAUUCAAAUAUUUAAUAAUUGCUUCGACCAAUCCCGAAGACGACAACAAAUAGAAAUCCCAAUGUCUACAUACAAUACGACGACGACGACGACGGCUUGCAUCAGCUCGGACGACGAAGAAGAGGACGCCCAACAAACUUCUUCAAAAGUUCACGCCAACAGGCGCAACCUUUAUUUUAAGGGGGAGGUGUUAUGUGGUCCCCACUAUACUAUUAAACUUUCAACUGUUAUUUACCUAAUUAUUAUUUCUUUGCCUUGUAUAAGUUUAACCAUUUGUUUAUGUAGUGAUAAGUUAUAG